GUUCCAGCUAUUGCCACAGUGAAUUAGAAGGAAACAAAUCCCACCCUGAAAAAGAGCAAUGAAUAAAGCAAUAUUCAUCGUCAUGGUAACUUCGCAUAUUUUGUACCAUGCGGUUUCGCAACAACUGAGAUGGGUAGAUGUGGAGCAGGAAUAUGGAUUCUACGACUGCAUGGUAAACUUGGGAUUAAAACUAGACGAAGCAUGCCAGAAGUUUGGAACAAUAGGCAUGGAAACUGUGAACUUCACUGACUGCAAGAUGGGAUGCAAGAACGAUACAAAGGACGGAUUUGUCAACAUUACGUACGACAUUCCCGACAACACCCCUUGUGGAUUUUUCGGCGAAACAUGCCAGAAUGGGACAUGCGUGGGCACCUGUGACUUACCUGCACCAAACGGAUGCAAAAGGAGGCCGACAACAUGA